GCUGCACCAGCAAACCAGCGAGGUGUCUACAUCCAAUCCAACACAAUCCGCGAUUCUUUUCCGCCGGUUUCAAAAAUGGCGGAUGUGUUUUCGUGCUGCGUUUCUGGAAUUUAUUGCAAUCCGGCUAACACAACUUGCACUAACUGCAAGAAAGUGUUCGAUUCUCGAAAACGUAUGCUAUGUCACGCAAGAUGUGCUCACGGCUGGAGCGGUUUAGCCCCUUCAGUGAGCUGCGAUCGGUGUGGCAAUACCUGCUCCAGCUUUUCCAGCAUGGUUGAACUCGUCAUGCAUCACGAAUCGGCUCACGAGUUCGUGGCAGACUGCGUCCAGCUCACCUUCCGGUCAGAAAACGAAUUUCUUCUCUGGAAAAAGAAGGAAGAAGAAGAAGGAGGGGUGAGCUAUAUUUGCAACCUCAAGAAGGUGGAAGGAGCAAGUGGUGCUAGCAUGCAGUCUUACCGAUGUUACCAGCACAAGGGAGAAGAUAAGAGAGGCCUGCCUGCCAGCCACCGUCAGUGCAACUCGAGCGGCCAGCACUGUCUCUCAGUAAUGCUCAAGGUCAUAAAUGCUGACGGCAUCAAGGUGACUUACCAGAAGAACCAUUACCGCCACGAGGGCCGUCAUCCGACAAGCGGGAAGCCUGUGACCGGUCAACCUCCUCUCGCUUCUCCAGACGGAGCUGUGUCGUCAGUGGUGGGCCCGGGAUCACUAUGUUCCGGACGUCGCACUUGGCUCUUGGUAAAAGAAGAGGGUAUGUUUUACGCGCAAGACAUAUUAGAUACCCUUUUGUUGGGUGAUGUCUCAGAUGAUGCUGUUAGAGCAGUACUCCCGAUUUUGACUAAUAUUCGUGAUGUAUUGAUGGAUUCACAAAGAGCAAAUCAAGCAUCUGAGUAAGAAGCGGCGGAAUUCCACUUGGGGAACACUGUCCGAGUCUGUUUCACUGUGCAUCUGGAAAGAAGACACAUUAGCUAAUGACUUGCGAAUGAUUACAUGCAUGAACACCUCGAAAACUGUAUGCAUGCUAUAGAAUUGUUUUAUUUUUCACGGAGUUAAAUAAAGAUGUCUCGAAGUUCAUUCACUGCGAUUUGGGUUGGGGUGAUGAAUACUCAAUGUUGAAAAUCGGGUAUCCCGGAUGGAUGGAGGCUAAUGGCUGUACCCUUUAUAACGGGCGGUAGCUUGCGCCGCCUGGCCUAGAAGUUAAGAACCAAAAGUAUAUAUGAUUUCUUUCCUUCGCCAAUUUGCUUACUGCCGUGUAUUAUGUGCGUGUUUGGAACGUUUAGCGAACAGGACCUAUUGAGCCUAAACAACGGCGGAUGCAACCGGAGACACCGGCAGAAGAGAGCCGAGUUGUAUAGCCACGGAGAAGCGCGGGAUGCCUGGAAGCCACAGACUGGGCGCGGUCGCAGACUGGAAAAGGCGCUUCUCGUAACACCAACGUAUCCUUGCAUUAUCCCAAAUUAACCGGUACAUCACACUUAAACUCUGCAAUUUCGUAACUGUCACCCGGAUGACUUUUGGGGGAUCGGGCAAAAAAACAACUAAAAACAACAUCCCCCGGCGAGGGAGUCGCCAAUUUUCCUCU